UUUAGUUCCUGAAUGAUAUGGUUUUUAAUGCCACCUUUGGUCCGGAGAUACCUAUCACAAACCUGGAUACAGCCAGGCAGAGCUGUCCAUUUCAGGUGAGUAUAUUUUAUUAAGAGUCAUAAUUCAAUAAAACAGGACUUAGAUUGAACAUACCCCACUAUUAGAAUUAUGGGCUGCAAUGAUUUGUAUUUGAUGGGGAGACUUAUACGUAGACGACAUAGACUUAUACGUUUUAACAUCAGGUUAAUGGAUACUCUGUAGACUACCAUUUGGAAAUAAACAGUACCAGAGUGCACACACUAGCCUAUUGGUUGUUAAGUGAUGAUUGAAGGGGCUCCACUUGUAAGACGUGAAUUAGCCACUUAGAAUAGAAGGAAGUGCAGAGCUAUUAAAGCGCAUUUCGAAGCCAGGUGAAAGAUGUGUGGGGGGGGGGGGGUAUUUCAUAUUUGAUUUCAGCAAGUUGGCAUUGGGGAGGCAGAAAGAGCCAAAAGUUAGGAAAAAGUAACAAUUCAUUGAUGUUCGUUGUUGCCUUUUGUUCAGGUUCUUUGUCCUUAGUCGAGUGGCCGGCCAGUCACCAUGGCAACGAGUGUGAUAAUCAACAACCAACAUUCUCAGCCUCCUCAGCCACCAGCUUUCAUAGCUGUCCACUCUAACCAGUGGAGCACUGGCAUUUGUGACUGCUUCGACGACUUGCAAGUCUGCUGUUUUGCCUACUGGUGCUUCCCCUGUUUCGCCUGCACCACCACCUCAGAGUUCGGAGAGUGUUUCUGUCUCCCCCUGCUGGACGUCUUAUGGUCCUCCACCCAGCUGGUAGGGGUGCCAAGCUGCACUCCUCCUGUGUCCAUGUCCAUGAGGGUGGCUGUACGUAACCGCUAUGGCAUUCAGGGUGACAUGAUGGCGGACUGUGUGUACUCCACCUUCUGCAACGUCUGCUCCUGGUGCCAGGUGGCCAGGGAGAUCAAGAGACGCAGACAGACCUUCACCGUCAUCAACGCACAGCCCACCAUGCUACCCGGUCAGCCCAUGCUGAUGGCCUCCCAGCCUGGGGUCAUCACAUCUCAGCCUAUGAUCACCUCUGCCCCUCAGGCCAUCUUGAGCACUAGAUUCAUGUAACCUUUGACCCAAGACACAGACACCUCACUGGGUUAGCCACGCCCUCUGGUGGUGAUUUCAUAGAGGUGAUGUAAUGGAGGUGACGCACAAUGUAUAGACGUAUAAGACUUGAGGCAUUGGAAUUCAUUUCAACUCUUGCACAAUUCCAGCAUUCACUGUACAUAAGGAUUGCUGUGAGAUGUAAGUAUCUACUCUUUUAACUAUGUCAAUCACCCAAUGCAGAUUGUUAUAUAAUAAUGAACAUUUGGUGGGUGCCUAUAUUUGUCCUAUUUCACAUGUGCAAGUGUGUAUUGUAUACAUGUGUGAAUUGGAAAUGUAUUUUUUGCAUAUCCCAACUCCCCCUGAGACACCCUCUGAGAGUGGGGUCACGGCCAGGGUCUGCCAUUAUCAACGGCGACCCUGGAGCAUUUAGGAUUAAGUGCCUUGCUCAAGGGCACAUCGAUUUACACGAUGUGACGUAAGUAAGCCUUCUGUUACCUUGAGAGCCAGACAGUUGUUAAUGUCUGUGGAUAAGGCCAGUAUCAGAGGGAGAGAGAGAGGGGGAGAGAGAGAGAGGGAGUGAGAGAGAGAGAGAGAGAGAGAGGGGAAGGCUGUAGCCCUCUCUGAUAGGACUGUGCUAAGAGUCACAGUGACACAUGUUCAUCAUUAAAGCUCACGUUUAUUUUUACACUGCUGUGACCUCCCUCCGUCUCUCCCUCUGACUUUCCAAAACAGUAAAGAACGUUAUUGUACAUUAGGGAAGAGAGGAGUUCAUCUCUAAUGUCAUGGAUGUAAUGUUGAAUAUGUUACUGUAUGGUCUUAUUGCAUUUAAAAAUGAAAACAUCUAUACAAAGAUAAUGUUAAUGUGAACAGUUGCUUUGCCUGAAACGUGUAUA